AUGGCCUCCAGCUUUGCGUCAAAGCGGCUGGCUAAGGAGCUGUCCAAGCUCAACAGCGGCCUACCACCCGGGAUCGAGCUCAUCUCCGCCGACAACUUCGAGGAGUGGUUUAUGGAUAUACGAGUUCUCGAUGACAACCCGCUGUAUCGCAAUGAGGUAUACAGGCUCAAGUUUAAGUUUUCUCAGCAAUAUCCUAUUGAGCCCCCAGAGGUUACGUUCGUGAAGACAACCGAUCGACCGAUUCCGAUGCACCCUCAUAUCUACUCCAAUGGCAUCAUCUGCCUUGACUUGCUCGGCAAUCAGGGCUGGAGUCCCGUGCAGAACGUAGAGAGCGUCUGCAUGAGCAUACAAAGCAUGUUAACCGGGAACGAGAAGAACGAGCGGCCAGCCGGCGAUGACGAGUUCGUGCGGAGCAACCGUCUGCGACCGAGAGACAUUGACUUCUACUAUCACGAUAACACCGUUUGA